AUGACAAGUCUAUUCAUCCUCGAUGACCUGGAAGCCAUCGAGCCUCUAAUAGAAUCUCUAUCCAUUGGAAAAGAGGACUGCAGCGCGUUUUUCAGGAGUCUAUUGAACGAAGCAGUUCGCAGCAAAGUAUCGUAUUUUGUCAAGGGAAAUGAUGGAAAAAUUGCUGGUGUGAGACUAAGCACGUUCCUCACCCGAAGUGAGACCGAUAGAGAAACCGAGUACACUCCUACACCCGAAUUAUCGCCAAAUCUCGAACGUGCGCAAUGCCUACUAUGGCAUUUGAACCGACAGUUUUGGCAAAAUAUGUCUCCUGACAUCGAAAAAGUCUACUAUCUCAUGGCCGUCAUACUUGCACCACAAUUCCGUUACACAGAUCUGGCUGACAAGCUGGUACAUCACAAUAUGGAUGAGGUAAUUUAUUCAUUAUGAGU